CAGCUCGAGACAAGCCGUAGGCGGCCGUUUUCAUUUCCACGGGCAGUACUUUUCCGCGUAAUUCGGCCCACGUGUAAUACAUUUUCUCCAGCAAGAAUGGCGAAGGCUACAUUCCGCCAACGUGGGAACAAGUUCUGAGACUCAGGCGGCGUCGUCUGCUCGCGCUCGGACGUCGUCUGCUAUAUACCUGCUCGGCGCACCUUGGCGGAGCGGCGAUGAGCUACAACAUCGAGGAGUCAUGGGUCCUCGCUGGAUCGUGUUACGAAGGGAUGACCGAAGUGUCGUCACCCAGCCACAGUGCGGACGCUGGACGCGAGUUUGAAGACGACCUGCGCAAGGCUCUGGACGAAGCGCCCCCAUUAAACGAGAGUCGAGACGUGGUUCACUCUGGAGGCGCAAUGCCUCACCCGGAAGGUCAUCGGCCCGCCAGUCAACAGCAGCGGAGUAAUGUGCCGCCGAGUUCGUUCAGUUCACCCUGGGCUGCUCAGCCACCUGUGAAAAAUGAGGCUUGUGGAUUCCUGCUUGGGUGUGGACUCCCUGCAGUGAGACACGCAACCACAAGUGUACCGCUUACGACACCAAGUCCAGUGCAGAAUGGCAGCGACCCCCGGGUGACCAAGGCUGGCCAGUCCAAGAUUGACUACCUCCGCCAAUGGAGCGUCUCCACUUACAAGUGCACAAGGCAGAUGCUCUCAGAGAAGCUAGGGAAGGGUACAAGGACGGUGGACACCGAGCUGGAAGCUCAGAUUGAACAGUUGCGGGACACGCAGGCGAAGUACUUGCACGUGCUGCGCCUGGCGCGUGCCCUCGCCUCGCAUUUCCACCAGGUGGUUCAUACUCAGGGCUGCCUGGCAGAAGCAUUCCAGGAGCUUGCACACCGCAGCCCACCGCUGCAGGACGAGUUCCGAUACAAUGCCGAGGCGCAGCGGUCACUGAGCAAGAAUGGCGAGACGCUGCUCGGGGCGCUCAACUUCUUUGUCUCCUCCCUGGCCACCCUUUGCCACAAGACCAUCGACGACACGCUCCUGACGGUGCGACUGUACGAGAGCGCACGCCUGGAGUACGACGCCUACCGCACAGACCUCGAGGAGCUCACCCAGGGCACGCAGGGCACAGCCAUCUCCUCCAAGAUGGACGAGGCCCAGCGCAACUUUGCCAUCCACCGGGACAAAUACGAGAAGCUCAAGGCCGACGUCACAAUCAAGAUGAAGUUUCUUGAAGAGAACAAGGUGAAGGUGAUGCACAAGCAGUUGCUGCUGUUCCACAACGCGGUGUCAUCUUACUUUUCGGGCAACCAGGCCUCUCUUGAGGCCACCCUCAAGCAGUUCAACAUCAAGGUGAAGAACCCAAACUCCAACUCCCCGUCCUGGCUGGAGCAGUGAGGCUCGCGACAGCUUGGGCCUAGUCUCUGGCGUCGGCCUCUCUUGUCUCUCUCUCUCUCUCUCUCGCUCGGCCUGUCUUUGGGACGAUUACACCAGUGAUCAUUCUGUCGGGAGGGGAUGGGUGUGAGAUGAGUCGGCACACCGUGCUUUGAUGCUGGCCUUGGAGGGUUGUUCAGACUCCUUUUUUUUUUUUUUGCUCUCUCUCUCUUAGUUUCAAAGGCCACUGCUGUGUUGCAUGUGUCUACACUGUCAGACAGACGCAUAUUUUUGGAAGGUGCAUGACCGAGCAAGUUGGGAGAGCAGGUGCAGUAUACAAUGUAGCUAUUGGAGCUGUUGCGCAGCUGUUUUCUGUUGUGGAAGUCUUGAAAGUGCAGGUGCACACGUACCGUUUCCGAUAUACUUUCGUUAACAACCUUCACCACUUCAGCACCCUUUGUGCUGCUUCUUCUUUAUCUGUUUUUUGUUGUGUGAUAAGGGAAAUGUUGUUCUUUUGUACCACUGCAUUGACACCUGCCAUUGAUGUUUGGUAUGACAACACACGUAGUAUAAUUGCUACAGUUUCUUGUAUCUAAAUGCUUGGAAUGUUACAAUGCACUGAAUCAUGGCAAGGGUAUGAGAUGGCAGCCAUCAAUGCCAUAUUUUGUGGAAGUCACAAGACAGGAUAUGUGUGUAUCCUGGUCACUUGUAAUUGAAUGGCAGGGCCCUGCACAAAUGUGUUGCAGGUACAGUGUUUCUGUUUAUUUUCAUGUAGCAGUGCAUCAUUGGUAGCCCCAUGUUUGAUAUUCGGCACAUUUUGUAUGGUACCAACCAUGUGGCUCCUCAGUUCUGUAAUAUGCAACCCCCCCUCCCCCCACCUUUUUUUUAUUAAGUUAGUCUUACUCAAUGCUGCCCCAUUCACUGUGAAUGCUCAGUAGCGCCAUCAGCGUUUCCUGUGUUGUUUGUUUUCAUUUUGCAGCGAUGGUGGCGUGGUGUGUAGCCAUCUGGUUUGCACUGCACGGCUGCGGUGUUUCUUCCCUGAGGUUGUGACCGAAACUUGUGUGUGACGUUCAGGGUGCCCAAUGCCACGGUUUCCACUUGUCUGCUAACACUGUCGAUGCACUGUGGUAGCAUGUGUUUGUCAAAAGACAAGGGCAAAUGAAAGAAGCCUAGCACCAUCCUUCUCUUCUGUGUGGUUCACAUGACUGUUUCUACUGAAUGAAAGAAAAACUUCGGGCAGAAAGCAAAAAGAAAGGCAUGCAAAGGGUGAUCGUGCAGUUAAAUUUUUGAGUUGAGCUUAUUUGUUAUCAUGUCACACUGCUUUGGGACCAGGUUGAUGACAUCAUAACUUAUCUGAUCUUUAAAUUUCACAUUGCUCAUCUGCAAUAUUGUGCACACUUGUUUUCCACGCUCAGCCCUCAUUUUCAAUAUCUCCAAGAGUAUCAUAGCAUCUUCAAUGCUGAAGUCCACAGAGCUACUUAUUUAUUUCUCCUAUGUUACCAAAAUUUUGCUUUUAUUAUUGUAUAGUCUCCAAAAGGCACAAUGAAGACGAUUAUCAUUAAGCUGCAUAUGCCUGGUUCAUUACUGUGAUCUGCAAGUAGAUAGCUCAAGAAAACUUCAGGAAGUGUCCACAUGGAAGCCAUUGUGACACUGCACACUGAGGGUUGCCCAGAGCUGGGAGGACAUCGUAAAUGCUGUAUGGAGCACAUAAUUGCCUUCCUGUCAUGAUGCUGCAAAAUGUGAUCGAUUUCGAAGGUAGCUGUGGCCUAUACAUGCUUCAUCUUGCCAAUUCCAUGAACUUCUGGGAAAGAUAGCAAGUCAUGUCAGCCAUAUAUGAGCAACAGCAGGGAGAAGGGCUUGUUUAAUGUCCGCCAACAAUCCUCCCAUGUGCAAGUCAGCUGAAUAGAAUUAUCACAGUAAAAUUAGCGGCGCACAUUGUACACGAAGCAUUGCACCUCAGGACGCGAAGCAUUGCACCGCAUUCUUGUUCUUCAUUGGCAGGUGUGUUCCAUAGCUUUUGUUGCAGGCGGUGAGACAGAAUGCAGACAAUUUUGAUUGCAGUAUUAAGCAUAGCAUUUUCACUAACAUUUUACCUGGUUUACUUUCUUCUCUCAUUCUUAGAUUUUUCCUUUUCUUUACUCGAGCAUCUAGUUUUCCUGAUAAGGGAAUACUUCUCGCUUUGUAUUUGCCAGAGAAACAAUACUUUAGUCUGAUGUUUUGACAUGUGUCAUACAACCAUGUCGUCUUCGUUAGCAUUCCACUCUGCCAACAUAUCAAGUGAGGCGGCGUUUGCUGGGCACUCUUUUCAGUGCGAGAUGAAAUGAUGUAGGAGUUGGUGUGGUUAAAUUAGAAAGGCUUGCCUCGUCAUGGUGGCCAGCUCAUUUACUAACUGAGACAUUGUGGUUUAUUGUUUGCUUCUUGUAUAUAUAUAUAUUAGGUGUAGUUUAUUUGUAGGCAAAUUGGAGUUUAAUUUCUUCAUGUUAUGUCGGAUGCUCUUGCUUGGAAUGACCCUUUGAAAGGAGUGCAUUUAGUUUUAGGAUUUUUAGCUUUUCCUUUUCUUUCUGUUCCUUGUGAAUUUCCAGCAUUAUUUUUUGUUCUUUGUUUUGUUUUUACAGACACAUUAAGGAAAGGCGGGGCCACCAACAUCUUUUACAUCUCAGGAGGUGUAGACAGGUUGUCCAACUUUUCAUAGUUACGUGGAAAGGCUGAUGUAAUCGCCUAGUGGAGCACAAUUCUGUGACUCUUAAAAUGCUCUGUUUGCCUUCUUUUUUUUUUUUCUGACCUGUUGUCUGUAUGUGUUGCUUCUUAUUGCACACCUCUAAUUUGUUGCAGCCAUUCCUCUAGUCAGAAAUUUGCGCAGUUGCCAUAGCUUUGCCCAAGGCAUAAUGGAUUUCGUUUUGUGUGUGCGUGUAUAUAAGGGUAAAGACAGUAAAAGAUUGCUCUCUGCUGGUGCCUCUAUCAAGCUUAUAGCGUACUGUGUUUGUAGACAACAGAUCUUUAUGUGUUCAAAAAAGUUUUUUUUGCUUUUUUACACUUCUUACUAAAGUGCAGCGUGAGUGUUCACGCUCUAACCGUUGUGGCAGGUCGUCACGUGGAGGUCGGCAAGUGCUAUACUUGGGCUAGAUUGGUGUGUGUGUGUUCUUCUAGAAGUCAGAACAGUGGCAGAACAGUUUUGGCCUUUUAGCUGUGGCCACUGUUUUUGAAGCCUUUUAACUAAACACUGUCUGGCUUAGCUUUGCACUUGGCUUGCCUUUUUACUCCAGUUGUCAUGCUCUUUGGUUGACUAUGAGAUUUUUGUUAUUUAAGAGGAAUGCAUUUAUAAGUUAGGACCUGUUUUUAAAGCAUAGGUUUGUGUUAAGCAAUUUUUCUCUU